AUGCGGCGAACCAAAGAGCUCGACCGCUCAGACAGUCUCGAACACAUCUUCGGACCUCUGUUCCCCCAAUUUCACAUGCUCAUAAAGAGCCAGGACCCCCUCUACAAGAGGCAGCGGAGGUGGCUGCAAGACCUCAUGACGCCAGGCUUCCUCCACAACGUCGCUGCUGAGCCGAUCUACCAGAACGUGCUUAAGGUUGUCGAGCUGUGGGAUCACAAGGCGCGGCUCGCCAGGGGACACCCCUUUGCUGCGUUUGAGGACAUUUACUACGGUGCUUUGGACGCGGUGUUCUCGUUCUCGUUUGGGGGAGCGUUUGCUCAUUCAGCGAUACCAGCCCGACUUGAAGCGGUCGCCUCCAUGGGAGGGGUAGAAGAACCUUCCAAACCUGGAGAUCCUGUGUCGUUUCCAGAAGAAGCGAGGAACAAGGUCGUCGAUGCGAUUCUGACGCUGGCCGAAUCUGUCGAGGAGGCGAGGAAAGCCGUGUUUCCGAGGUUUCGGUCCUGGUGUAUGCACCAAACUUCGCGCAUCAAGCAGGCCAAACGGAUCCGAGACGACUUUAUCGAUCGCGAGAUUGACAUCGCUGUGGAGAGACUCAAGUCUCAGGAACCUGUAUCCUCGGCAGUCGACCACAUGAUACACAGGGAGAAGCAUUUUGCUGAGAAAGAAGGUAGGAAACCGGUAUUCAAGUCUGUUGGAAUGCACAGCGAGGUCUUUGGCUUCUUGAUGGCGGGGCAUGAGACCAGCGCCACCACCUUUGGAUGGGGCUUGAAGUACUUGACAGAUCAUCAGGAUAUCCAACGAACACUUCGCGAUGAGCUACGCAGGCACUUAUCAGAAGCAGCCGCAGAGAGACGACAGCCAACUUGCGAAGAAAUCACCAAGACCACGAUCCCAUACCUAGAUGCCACCAUGGAAGAGAUCCUCCGCUGCGCAGGAACCACGUCCGUCACCGACAGACAGGCCCUCUACGACACCACCAUCCUAGGCCACCGAAUCCCGAAAGAUACAAACAUCAUCCUGGUCACUAUCGGCGAGAGCAUUAUGAAGCCUGAAUUCGACAUACCGGAUUCGCAACGCACGAAGAGGGCCCUCAACGCAGCUAGCCGCAUCCGUAGCUGGAACUCGUCGCCUUAUCCGGUGGCGGAUUUCCAGCCCGCGCGUUGGCUGGUGCCGUCGAAAGACGACGCCGAUCGCGAGGUGUUUGAUGCUACCGCCGGGCCGCAAAUGGCGUUUGGACUGGGGCCUAGGGCUUGUUUCGGACGGCGACUGGCGUAUUUGGAGCUUAGAAUGUUUACGGUGCUCUUGUUCUGCCACUUUGAGCUUCUUCGCUGCCCGGAUGAGCUAUCUGGGUACAAUGGGUGUGUCGGACUGACUGUCAAGCCGACGCAGUGCUAUGUCAGGUUGCGCAAGAUACCAUGGUGA